AUGAUUAAUCGUGCUCAUCUUACGGUUGAAGGUGUACAAUCUAUUAGAGAGAUAAAAUCUGCAGCAAAUCAAAGUUCUAUCUCUGCUCUAUUAACUAACCGAGUGGGUGAUUGUUUUUUAACUGUAGGUAUUUGUUUAUUAAUUGGUGCUAUGGCUAAAAGUUCUCAAGUUGGAUUACAUGUUUGA